UGCUGCCGCAGAGGUGAGUAAACUUGAUGGCAGUCGAUUGAUGGAAUUUUCGCAGCUUUCUGAUUUCUUCCGUUUCGUCAAAUAUGUCGAGGAGCUCUACACACAACAGCCUCCUCAGAACGCAGCAGGAUCAUGGAACCGCGUCGAGUAUCGUGCGCUGGAAGGAUUUGUUCUUGCAGUUUCGCCAUUCAACUUCACAGCGAUCAGUGGAAACCUUCCAGGUGUUGCCGCAAUCGUCGGUAACACAGUCGCAUGGAAACCUUCACCAGCGGCCACGUAUUCCAACUACUCGAUCUAUCAGAUCCUCGCGGAGGCUGGUGUUCCACCCGGCGUCAUCCAGUUCGCGAUAUCGUACCCUAACUUUGCAGCGCUCCACUUCACAGGCAGCACGUUUAUAUUCAAGAAGCUAUGUAAAGACAUCGCCGCGAACCUGGACAAGUACAAAGGGUAUCCGAGAAUCGUCGGUGAGACAGGAGGAAAGAACUUCCGUGUCAUCCACAAGUCGGCAGAGAUCCGAAAUGCAGUUUUGCAGACCAUUCGAGUGAGCGAGCGAUACUGUAACUACAUACCAACUAUUUCUCAACACCAAAUUCAACUUGGAUGUAUCUGGCGUCGCACGAUUCUUGGGUGGAGACGAAGCCGUACAAGCCAUAUUGACUAUCCGCUGAUACGUAGCUUCGCCGUCGUCAAGUGCCUGAGCACCAUCGGGUCUGGAACGCGCUUUUCUCCGGGCUUAACGGAAAGCCAUAAAAAGUUCUCGGGCUAAACAAGCACUUGGGUCCUAAAGACAUCACUUCUCUGUGUGGCACCAUCAUUGGAAAGAACUAGAAGGACUCACGUCGCGUACCUUGUAAUCCAGAUGAACAAGGAGCCCCCCAAAGGCCGGUCCCUAGAUAUGUCCCACUGUCUAACGGUGUCUAACUGCCAGUGAUUGAUUUAGAGCGGGAUGGAUAUCCGAGAGCUUGGUUAGUUGAUGUAUGAUUGUACCUGACAGGCACCUCACUAGUAGUUGCUGGACAUUGGCGCGCUGCGUGGGUAUGAUAUUAUAAUUUGUUGUAGUUGUAGAUUUGCUAUGCAUUCUACUUACACGAUGAGGCCGUGAGGAGUCGU